AUGGCAGAUCAACCAUCCUCACCCGACCCCUACAAGCUCCUCCACAUCGUUCCCAACCCAGACGGCUCCCUCACCCGCCUCCCCACAACCGAGAUAGUCCCCGCCGGCGCCUCCGAUCCCAACUCACCCCAACUCGUCCUCUCCAAAGACAUCCCUCUCGACCCUAUACACCAAACCUAUCUCCGCCUCUUCAAACCCCACAACCUCCCGCCAAACCCCAACCUCCCUCUCCUCAUCUACUUCCACGGUGGCGGCUUCGUCCUCUCAAGCGCCGCCUCCGCGCCUUUCCACGACUGCUGCUCCCGCCUCGCCCUCUCCAUCCCCGCCAUAGUCAUCUCCGUCGAGUACCGCCUCGCCCCCGAGCACCGCCUCCCCGCCGCCUACGACGACGCCGUCUCCGUCAUCUCCUGGGUCAGAAACCAAGCCUCCGCCGCCGACGGAGAACCGUGGCUGAAACACUACGUUGACUUCUCCAAGUGUUUCUUAAUGGGAUGUAGCGCGGGGGGUAAUAUCGUCUACCACGCGGGUCUACGCGCUUCCGAUAUGGACCUCUCCCCGGUCAAGAUCCAAGGGCUGAUAUUGCACCAGCCGUAUUUCGGUGGGGUCCGCAGGACGGAGUCGGAGACCAGGUUCGUCAACGACCGCGUGAUACCGUUAGUUGCAAACGACUUGCUGUGGGAGCUGAGUCUGCCGGAGGGGGCUGACCGUGACCAUGAGUAUAGUAACCCGUUAAUUAACGGCGGCGACGGGAGGAUCAGACGGCUGCCGAGGUGUUUGGUGUGUGGGUACGGUGGGGAUCCAUUGGUGGAUAGGCAGAAGGAGUUGGCGGGUCUGUUGGAAUCACGCGGGGUGCACGUGACGGCUCAGUUCAAGGAGGGUGGUUUUCAUGGUGUGGAUGUAUUUGACCCGAUUAAGGCCGAGGCUUUAUAUGAGAGUGUUAAGGAAUUUAUCGGCGGCUCUUGUUGUGCACAAGAUGGUGAUGAGGCUGUUGUUGCAAAAUCGAGCAUAUGAUGAAUGGAGAUAUUGUGGCGAUUAGAGCUGGAUUAAUUCUAGAGUUUGGUACAUUUCGGUCUUUGAAUUCAUUUCUGAAACCGAAACGUACUUUGCUUUGGAUAUCGUAACGUCUGUUGUGUUUUCUAGAAUAAUAAACUUUUUAUUCAAUAAAAUGCAACGCUACUCUUCACUCUCGUCCUCAACAACCCAUCGAUCUCCGCCCCCCUCCAAUCGACAGCCACAAGAAGCCGCUCCAACUCGGCAACGACCCACCCCACUCCGAUCUCACCCCUCAUCCACGAUCCAGCCUCCAAUGCAGACGCCAUCUUCCACUGAAAGAAAAGAAGAACACAGCCCCCAGAUCCCAGCCGCCAAGCAAUGGCCAUGCCCAUUGCUGAUGUUAGAAUGUCAUUUACAGUUUAAGUUGCAUACGAGUAUGUGGAAGCGAAGUGUUUAAAACCGCAUACGUUUAGUGGUAGCACGUGAUAAU